AUGGAUUAAUUUUAAUUAUUGAAAUUGUUAUAAGGAUCGAUUGAUUAAUAAGAUUUUGUUCGUAAUGAAUCACUUUAAAUGUUGGAUUAAGCCUUUUAGAAUAUAAAUGAUAUGAAUCCAUUGUUUAAUUUAAUUAUUGAAAAGAAUUAAUUGGCAGAAAUAUAUUUCAAUUAUUGGCUAAUAAAUCAUAGGGAAUGUUUAGAUUUAAAUUAAUAUUCAUAAUUAAGAGCAAUUAUCACUUAAAUAUAUAGUGAAAAAAACAAUAAAAGUAUUUAAAUUAGAAAAGCACUACGAUUCAUUUUAUUAAAAUUCCAAUAAGAUCUAGAGUUAAUUUAAUGGAUCUUAAAUUAAAAGGAUAUUGAAUUAUUAUAUUACUUACUUAAAGAGUUAUUUAAAGAAGAGGGAGAUUCUUAAAGAGUUCAAUAUUUAUGUUAAUAAAGUUAAUCUAUGAUUAGUGAUAAUGCCUUAGAAAUUUCUUUAAAAUUGAUAAUUUUAACAUAAAAAAUAAUUAAAAGUACAACAAUUAUUGAAUUUGAAAAAUAUUUAGGGGAAUUAGAGAAAUAAAUUUAUAAUAACAACUUCAGAUUUGUGUAUUUAAUAUAAAAAAUAAUAUUAAGUAAAUUAACUUAUAACAAAGAUUUUUCAUUAGAAUCUUUAAGUUAAUUAUUAUUUGUAUUAAAUAAAUUAUAUUUUACUAAUGAAAAUUUAAAGUAAAUAUAAAUAGAGUUUGUUUCAGAAUAAUAAUUUAAAAAUGAUCUUUAAAAUUUGAAAGAUCUUCCUAAUUAACAAAAUAAAUUAGUAUUACAAGUUUUAAAGAUUCUUAAACUAUUAUUAUAAAAUCAUACUUAUGAUCCUCUGUUAGCCUUAGAAUAGAUUAAUUAAAAUGGAUUAGAAUUUGAAUUAGUUUUAUUUGAAGGAUAUUUCAGUAAUAUUCUAAAGUUCUUGAUUUAAUAUGCUUUGAUUCUAAGUCCAGCUUAAGUAUAUGAUAUCUAUUAUGAUUAAGAAGAAGCAUAUGCUGAAAAUAAUAAUUCAUCUUAUGAAAUAAGAGAUACAGCAAUUGAUUUUUUGAUAGCUUCUCUUCAAAGUCAUAAGGCUGAUGAUGUUAUUUUAAUUAUGAAUGAUUAAUUUUAAUAAACUCCAGAACUUAAGAACUUUUUAAAUGUUAUAUAAAAGGAAGCUAUAUAUUAUUUAAUUAGAAAUGUAAUGCUUGAUAUGUAAUUUGAUAUGGAUUAAUAUAUAGUAUAAUUCUAAUAGGAAUUAUAAUCAACUGAUCCUCUAUUUGAUCCUCUUAAAAUUUAAAUUUUAUAAAUAUUCAUUAAAUAUUUAAAAUAUAAUGAAUAAAUUCCAGAAGAUAUAUCAUAAAUAAUAAUAAACUUAAUAUUAACAUUAUAAACAACAAAUAAAUGUAUAAUUCUUUUAUAAAUUGAAUGUUUAAAUUAACUUAUAGAAAUUAUAGAUUAACCUAGUAAAUUUUGGCCUAAUAUAUAAUAAUUAUAUAACACUUUUAAAAAUUAAGAGAGUAAAUUAUGUAUAUUCAAUUUUUAUUCAUAAUUAACAAAAAAAGAUUCAUUUUAAGAUCAUUCUUGGAUAAUAAAGUAAUUUUAUUAAGAAUGGCAAGAAAAUAAUUUGAAUAUUUAAGAGAAAAUUAUUGAAACUUUGAUUGAAAUAUUAUUUAGAAGUGAUUAAUUAGCUUAACAUAUUGAAGUAUGUAUAUUUAUUAUCUAACAAAUAUUUAAUUCAAAAUAAUAAAUUUUAAUUGAAAUGGGUACAGAAUUAUUAUUAAUGUUUUUAAGUAAAUGUUAGGUAUUAAAUAUUCAAAUUUCUAAUGAGUUUGCUAUUUUAGUCUAAAAUAUAUUGAAAUCCUAAUUAAUAUAAUAAAGUGAAUUUUGGAUUUAGAAUGUACUUAUUCAAACAUUUCUAUUAUAUUUAAAAAAUUAUGAUGAUUAAUUAAUGAGUGAAACAUUAUUUAUGUAAAUUCAAUAAUAUUCAGAAAUAAAAGAUGAACCUUAUGAACAUAUAUUCAUUCCAUUAAAUAUUUAUAUUUAAGUAAAUCAAAAAUCUCAUAAAGAAUUUGGAUUAAUUAUAAUGAAUUAUUUGUUACAUCAAUCUUUAACUCCUAUCUUAUUAAUCAAAUUAGGCAAUUUUGUAUCUUUAAUUAAUGAUAUAGUAUUAGAAGAUCAAGUUAAUUCUUAAAUAUUAUAAGCACAUCUUCAAUAAAAAGAAUUUUAAUUAGAAUAUUUCAAAAAUUUUUAUAUCUUAUUGUAAAGAUCCAAUUCUCACUUUACAUAAAAUUGUUAAUAACUUUUAGAAGAAUAAUCAGCUAAACAUUUGGAAUCAAAUAAACAUUAUAUAAUAAGUGAACUUAGACCUUUACUUGGAAAUCGUAGAUUGAGAUUAAAUUGA